AUGGCUGUUGUAUCCCGCAUCCAGACGCCUCGCCUCCACCCGUUGGGAUUGCCGGAAUCCCCUGUCCUCGAGGGCCCCGGUAAUCCCAUCGCCGAGCUCACUCGUCCUGAGCAGCCCUUCGGGAUGUUCGUCGGGAAUAUUCUCACCUGGCGUCCCACUUUCAACAUUUUCCUUGUCCGUCCCGAUCCUCCCCACUACGUCGUCCUGCAAGAGGAUAUUUCGCGCAUGCUGUGGACGGCUCUCCAAAUUAUCCACACCCAGCUCAGCGUUAACGACGCCAUUGCCGACGCUGCUCAAGCCGUCGGUAUUCGUCCGCCGCCCGCUCGGUUGCGUAACCCGCUGCACGAGGCAUUCAACCCUUUGAAUUGCUGCUUCCCAACGGUCGACGACGCUAUGGCCGUGUUCCAGGGAUUGCAAGCAGCUGGUAGCCAGGCUAUCCGCUGGGCUGGAGAGUUCGUUCGAGGAGUUUACCGAAUCCGCACGGGGCUUACUGGUACGCCCAGAAUCGAUCGCCCACUCCUGAAAUACCUGCGUAGCAUCGGGUGGCCAGGACAUUACGAUCCUAGUGGUUCGCGUCUUCAGCUCGACUCCCAUACCGGUCGAGUUAUCCUUCACCCCAGUCGAUUCAAUACCGAGCGCUCGGUAAUCCUGAGCCCCAGGAAUGCCGAAGCCCCUACAAACACGGCGAUCAUGCCUCCGGGCCACGGUCGACUUCGUGAAGGAUGUACCUCCUGCCGCGGAAACCCUCAUAAGGACACUAGCUGCGCGCCGUUUAGUCCUAUAGAGGAGGAUACCGAGAGCGGUAACAGUACUUCGCCAAACGGCCCUACGGUUAUUCUGUCGCCGGACUCGGAGUACCAUCCAGACAGCCCUCGCCGUUUUACGUGGUCGCAGCUCGAACAGGACAUCUUUGGUAGUGACAACGAUACCGACGUCGGUAAUCGCAUUACCGAGGACGAAGCUGGGAUAGCCGACGAAGACGAUCUUGUCCUCGUAGAGAAGGGGGGAGUACAAGGGGGGAUUCACGACACUAAAUAA